AUGAGUGUACCACGCGCGAGGUUGCUGGACCUCAUGAAGGCCCGAUGCGAAGUCUUUGCGACAACAUUUAACCCCGAGGGUGUCCGUACGGGCAACAAGAUCCUGCGCCAACGGUUGAAGGGACCUGCUCUUGCUGCCUACUACCCACGCAAGGUUCUCACUGUUCGAGAUGUUCAGAAGGAGUUCGGCCCUGAGCUCACGACUCUCGACUUGGAUGAAUUGGACAGACUGGACCACAUUGCUGGGUUGAAGGCUAGAGGAAAGAGUGCACCCAAGAAGGCGAAGGAGAAGGUCGUCAAGAAGAAGAAAUAA